AUGACUCAUCCAGCAAGUUACUCAAAAAUAAUAUUUCCACCGAUCAUUGUUAAAUUUAAAGGCGACCAGCCAGCAUCAAUCAAAGAAAUUACUGAUGAUUUAACCUCAAAAUGGAAAAAUCAACAUGGAAUUGAUUUAACAAUAACAGCACGUUUUGAGUCAAACCGAUGGCCAAGAACAUUGAAAGAAGUAGAUAUUGAGGUAAACGUUCCACGUCAAUUUCCACCUGCAUAUUCACUUAUUAUUCAACAAUUUCAUCGCAAUUGGAAUGAAGAUGAAUGGCUAAUUGAAUUACAACAACGGUACGUCUCUUUAUAUAAAAUUGCAAGAAUGCGAGUGAUAGAUGGAUCAUCAUUAAAUGCAGUUAGAGCCGAUUUCAAAUCUAUCAAAGAAGUUAAAACACUCAUUAAAUCUGGAAAAAUAAAUAUAGGUGGUAUGAUUCAUCCAGUAAAACCGUACCAUCUACCAAUACGGAUUAAUAAAUGUUUAAAAUGCUUACGACAUGAUCACACAACAAAAAGCUGCUCUCUACGUCGUUUGUGUCCAAGAUGUGCAGAAGAACAUUCACUUGAACAUGGUUGUCCCAAUCAUGAAAGGUGUAUCAAUUGUGGCGGUGACCACAUAUUCGGUCAUUCAGUAUGUCCAGUAGUACAAGAAAAACGUCGUGCACUUAUAGAGCAGGCAAAUAUACAAAGAGCAGAACUAUUGGUACGUGCUGAACAACAACAACAAUAUGCGUUUCAAGGAAGUGAUUAUCCUGCAUUACGAAAUGGCAACCAACUCCAUUCAUCUUGCCACAUACCACGCCAAUCUAUGAAUCGUCUCAAAGAUCAUAUGCUCAGGUAA